CCCGCUCGCCCGCCUGCCUCCGCACUUCCGCAGACGCGGGGACGGCGUCGUGUGCUGUGUGCAACGGGCAGUCAGAGCACGCCGGUGGAGCUCUCGCGGUCGCGGUCACGGCAUUGACGGGCCACGAGCCAGGGUUAGCAGGAAGAUUAGCCGCUAAGUCUGCCGUGGGCACCUACUGUUAGCUUGAUACCAGCUGGAUUUCUUUUCUUUUUGCCUUGUCAGCCUAUAUAACGUCCAGCUUGUCCUCUCCCUCUCCUCUCCAAACAAUCGCUGUGCGGCGCCCGUGCCUCUCGAAGAAGACAAGUCCAACACUGUUGCUGCGUGAGGCGCUGAAUUUGCUCCACAGCUUCAUCAGGGAAGACAGGGGUCAGGGAAGACAACUAGACAAGAACACCAAAGAGGGAGAGAAAGCGAGAGAUCAUCCAUGGAGAACACGAGAGAGCAGCGGGGCCAGGACGCGGCGGGCGCCAACGGCUGGAUGACGGUGCCGGCGUUCGGGGACUGGGACAUGAAGAACGGCGCGCUGCCGGACUACUCCAUGGACUUCUCCAAGAUCCGCGAGAUGCGCAAGCAGAACAAGAAGGAGCUCUCCCGCGCCAGCCUCGGCGGCGACGAGGACCUCUCCCAGGCCCAGCAGCAGCGCAACCAGGCGCAGGCCAAGGCACAGCCCAAGCUCGGACGACCCGCCGACGACCACCGCCGGCAGCUCCACGACUCCCCAACGGGAGGGAAGAAGUUUCUGAGCUACUUCCAGUGCUGUAUCAAGGCCUGAAGAGGAGGAAGUGCUUCCACUGCCUGUGUGAACAAUUAGGUCUCGGUUUUGUUAAAUAUCCAAAAAUGUGUAAUAUAUUUGUUCUGAUGGCUACUCUGUCGAUCUGUAUGAAGAACAAACCAGUUUUAUGGGGGUAAUGGUAAACACCGGUCUCCUUGUACAAUCCGUCAUUGAUUUGUUUGUGACAUGUGGUACAAUGUUACCCUGUAAUCUAAUAUGUUGGAGGGAGGAUUUGGCAUCCGCUCCAUCUUUUUUGUGCGAUUGAGGGCCAUGAUUCGUUUGGA